GUCCCUUAACAGCAACCCUCUCCUGUUUAACUGAUUUUGUUUGGCCACUCUGCAUUGUCUCGCCCUAUGUCCAGGUUGACCACAGUUAAGACAAUGGUCACAUGCAGUUCUCUGAUCAGUCUUUUCUCAAGAUUGACAAGCCCCUGUCCUCCAAACAACCGUUGCUCUAGGUCCUCUAAUGCCAUGCUCUUGUCGAGUUCUUGAAAUCUUGGAGAAGUGUUUUUCAUAUUGAACAUUUCUUGUUGCAACUGUAUUACUACCUUUUCAAGGUCAGAGUUAUUCUUUGAAGGCUGUUGGAU